AUGACUAUCCGCGAGGCCAUACCCGGCCAGGAAGCCUAUUCCGUCUCGUCGACAGCGCCGAUGGCCACUCCGGCCGGACUGCCGAGUUCGGAGCCCUCGACGUCGUACUGGCUGCAAAAGCCGUCGGCGCUGCUGCACGGCUUCCGCUCGACGGACGCGCUGCCGGCGACGGUGGAUGUAGCCAUUGUGGGCAGCGGCAUCACGGGCGCUUUUGCGGCAGACGCGCUGGCCGAGGCCGACGGUCUGUCCGUGUUGGUGCUGGAGGCGCGCGAAUUCUGCUAUGGCGCCACCGGACGGAACGGCGGCCACUGUCAGCCCAGCGUCUACGGCAACCCAGCCGACGUGGCCGAUUUCGAGCUGGCCACAUUCCGGUUCCUGCGCGACUUUGUGGCCACCCACAACAUUCCCUGCGACUGGCGCACGCUUCCGGGCGGUGGCGUGCAUGCAUACCUGGACGAGGAUCUGUUUGCAGCGGCGGCCGAGCUCGUGGAGUCGCUGCAGCACACGCGGCCAGACCUGGCCGAGCUGGCACAGGUAGUGAAGCCCACGACGGCGACAGCGACACCAACCGAAACAGAAACAGAGGCGGCCUCCGAAUUUGCCAAGCCGACGCUGGAGUCGCUGCGGCUGCGCCAUGCGGCCGGUGCGGUCGUGCAGACACAUGCAGCCUCGGUGUGGCCGUACAAGCUGGUGUCGUGGGUGCUGGAGCGGCUGGCACGGUCGUCAUCGUCGUCAUCGUCGGCCUCUGUGAAUCUGCAGACGGCCACGCCGGUGCUGAGGCUGUCUCGCUGCUUGUCGUCGGGGGCCUGGGAGCUGCACACAGGCCGUGGCAUCGUGGUGGCCCGGCGCGUCCUGCUGGCCACCAACGGCUACACAUCGCACCUGCUGCCGUCUCUGGCUGACUUGAUCGUUCCGGUGCGCGGCCAGGUGGCCGCUCUGGUGCCGCCGCCGAUGGCCUCGCCACCAUCGCCGCCACAGCCCGUUCGGCUCGACUACAGCUAUGUCUUUCUCGGCCACGAUCUUCGCACAGACGAGGCGGACCGCGACGAGUAUCUGGUGCAGCAGCCGCCUGCCACACUGCAGGGCGGCCAUCUGAUCCUGGGUGGCGGCCGCCAGCGGGCCAGCGGCCGUGCCGUGGGCGAGUGGCGUGACGAUGCCGUCGAGCCCGAGGUGGCCACAUACCUGCGCACACACCUGGCGCCGGUGCUCGCGGUCAAGGACACCGACGGCGACGGCGACGCCCUGGCUGCCGACUAUGAGUGGACCGGCAUCAUGGGCUUCUCGCGCGACCAGUUCCCGUGGGUGGGCGAGAUGCCGACAGACAUUUUGGGCGAUGUUGCUGCCCAAGGCGAGACCGAAUCCGAGACCGCUCACACAACCGAUGUCGCCUCUGGUCUCUUCCUCUGCGCCGGCUACACCGGUCACGGCAUGCCGCGGGCAGCACUCGCCGCUCGCGUCGUCGCCACCGAGAUCCUCUCCAGCCUCGGACUGUCGUCGUCAUCGUCGUCCUCCUCCUCGCCUUCGACCGAUGCUGUCCCACUGCCAGCUGCAUUCCGCGUCACAGCCGAACGGAUCCGACAUGCGCGCGCUGCGUGUGCCACCGUGGACGAGGCGGACCAGAUGGGACUGCUGGCCGAUUUCCGCGAAACGCUCGAGCUGUUGAAGAAGAGGUAA